UUGAUAGAUGGUUGAGAAACGUGAAAUGAAAGAGUUGAAUUGACUUUUUGGAAGUGAAGCGUGUUGUUGAUCAAGAAGGUACGCUUGGAGUCGUUUUCUUCAUUACGUAUGUCUUUUCUUAAUUAAGAGAGAGAGCAUGCCGUUGUUAUCUCAUACAAUAAUCACUCCCAUUCUCUCUCGUAACAACCGUCGUUGCUUUUCUCUCAUGGCUGCUUCCGCCGCAUUCGACGACGCCAAGCACGGCUUUUCUCGGCCGGAGAUGUACAAGGAAAACCUCGCCGGCACCUUGGACGCCUACGACCGCCACGUGUUCCUCUGCUACAAGAACCACCUCGCCUGGCCGCCUCGCCUCGAGGCCUCCGACGCCGAUCCUCUUCCCAAGCGCGUCGCCACCGUCUGGAGAGCUCGCAAAAACGACAUCGCCGUCAAGCAGACGAAAAUCACGGUGUGCGAGGCGCGUGAGGAGGCAGGUUUCUCCGACGGUGAUGCGUUGAUUUUCCCCGACAUGAUCAAAUACAGGGGUGUGGAGGAGUCAAACGUGGAUGUGUUUUUUAAUGAUGUGAUAGUGAGUGGUAAAGAGUGGAGUGGUGGAAAGCAAGGGAAGGGGGUGUUGAAGGGUUCGCAUAUAUUUGUAUGUGCUCAUGGAAGUCGUGAUGUGCGGUGCGGUGUUUGUGGGCCGGUUCUGAUGGACAAGUUCAAUGAGGAAAUUCAGCUGAGGGGAUUGAAGGAUCAGAUAUCUGUUUUGGCCUGUUCUCAUAUCGGUGGCCAUAAGUAUGCUGGGAAUGUAAUCAUAUUCUCUCCAGGAUCAGAUGGAAAAAUCAUGGGUCAUUGGUAUGGCUAUGUUACUCCGGAUGACGUGGCAGCCUUGUUGGACCGACAAAUUGCCAAGGGAGAGGUCAUAAAAAAACUUUGGAGGGGUCAAAUGGGGCCACCCGGUGCCGAAAUCAAGGUAGCAGAUGACCAUAAACUUGCUAACGGAGUUUAUAAUAACAAGGCCAAUCUAAGCAACAAUGAAAAUGUUACAGGAUGCUGUCAGGGUGUUAAUGGGGUUUCUUGCUGCAGGACUGCAAGUUUUGAUGAUAAAACCGCAGAAGCAUAUAAAAAGCAAGGGAGCAAUAAUAUAAGUUGGUGUUUGCCUGUAUUAAAGAAGCGUGACAUUCUUACGGCUGGUGGUAUACUUGGAGCUUUGGCAGCUGUUGCUGUAGCUUUCAGAUUUUACAGAAGGGCAAGUUGAAAUUCACUUUAUUCUCAAGAUUUAGAUCUCAAGGGAUCUGAUUUAGUUGGUUGAAAAUGAUGUAUGAUUAUUUUAAAUUUUCUCGAUUCCUGCGUAUUAAAAAAAAUUCUCAAGUUUUAGAUUCAUGGGGGAUGUAGUGAUGAGAACUUUUGUUAUUACUUUUUUAAAUUCAACGUCAUUGUGAUUGUGUUGUAUUUGUUUCUUUACGUUGCUGGUUUUCUGGUAAAUUCAAAGUUUCUGGUUGAUUGCUUUUGUUGUUUA